GAGAGAGCAAGAGCGAGAGAGGAAAAAGGGGAGGAGAGCGCAAAAGAGAAGUACAGACAGAUUCAGAGAGGAAGGGAGAAAGUCAGCUACAAAGCCAGAGGGACAGAGGAAAUUUAGCCGGCACAAACUUCCAAUUCUUCCUCUCUCUUCCAUCUCAUUCUCUCCUCCUCAGCUGCUAUUUUGCGUCCUAGUCCCGGUAUAACAGCGGCGUCCAGUCAGUCAGUGGAUGUUUUUAAAGAGUGCACUUCUCCGACACUCACAACAGGAUGAGUGCCUGAGGACAAGCUGGAGAGGCUCACGUUAUUCCACAGAUACAUUCGCCAACCCAGCAGAGGCAGACGGCAUCCACUCCGUCCUCAGGAGCGAAUGAGAGGAGAGGGUCUGUAACGCUGGAGCUCAAGGACAAACCAUGGACUCUGCACACCUCCCACUUCACCUGGACGUCCAACAUGUUCCCUGCUAGCCUACUGGUUCUGAUGAUCCUGCUGCUACCUCAAGCCUCAUCAAGUCACCAGGAGGUUCCCAGUCAGACUCAUGGAAACCUGGCCAGCCCUCUGGAGCCUAGUUUGGCCCACACCAUUCAGAAUAUCCUGCUGACCCGUCUGGGCCUUCAGUCACACCCCAACCCCAGUGAGGAGGCACAGGUGCCCCAAUAUCUCCUUGACCUGUAUCGAUUCCACACUCAACAGUACCAUCUCAUUGAAGACCCAGAGUUUAACUACCCCUCCCAGCAUGUGCAAGGAGCCAACACAGUCAGAUGCUUUCACCACACAGAUUCUACAGUGCUAAGUCCUCCAAAAGAGCAGAAAACAGCAGUGGACAGCAUUCACAUCGGCUUCAAUCUGUCCUCCAUUCCGUCAGAAGAGAGUGUGGUGUCGGCAGAGCUGCGUUUCCUGCAUGAAGGGUCUAGUGGGGGUUCUCACGUGGCCAGCCUUUAUCUUUCAAAUGGUGACCCUGCAUCAAAACCCACACUGCUCCAUUCACGUCGGCUGACUAGAGAUAGAAAGGGUGCAGAACUCUGGGAAACCUUUCCCCUGGAUGGAGAAGUGUUUAACAAUCUAUCCGAGAGGUCAGGGAGCCUGUCUUUUAUUCUGGAUGUUAUUGCCGAUAAUAACAGCAGUCUUCCUAAAGAGAGACAUUUGAGGGUGCGCAGGUACACGGGGCAAGAUGAGCCCAGCUGGGCGAGGCAGAGGCCCUUACUGGUGACUUACAGCCAUGAUGGGCGCAGCGAGUCCUUUGUGUCCCACAAAAACCGGACCCCUGCUGGCAGGCGAGGCAGGGGCAGAUGGACCGGGGGCAGGUUUAAGAGUGAUACGGGUCAGGGCUCUGACGCAGGCUGGCGGGUGGGACCGAUUGAAAGGCGAGUGAAACGAAACGGUGGGAGGGCUGCCAAGCUCAAACGGCUCUCCCGCGCUCGCUGCCGUCGACACACGCUGUACGUGGACUUCAAAGACGUAGGCUGGAAUAAAUGGAUCGUAGCCCCAUCCGGUUACGAUGCUUUCUUUUGCCUUGGAGAGUGCCGCUUCCCACUGGCUGACCAUAUGAAUUCAUCUAGCCAUGCCAUGGUGCAGACGCUGGUCAACUCCGUAAACGGGGCUGUGCCGCGGGCCUGCUGUGUGCCGACAGCCCUUAGCCCCAUCGCCCUCCUCUACCUGGACCAGGGGGAACGUGUGGUGUUGAAAAACUACCAAGACAUGGUGGUGGAGGGCUGCGGCUGCCGAUAGCAAGAUACUCAUGGAAUAAAUGAGAAAGGUGGACUGGAAAAUAAGGGACUAAAAGCAGGAAGCGAGUCAGAAAGAAACUGAAAGAGACAAAGAAAGCGAGGUAAAACUGUCAUACUAAAAACAUGAGCACCUUCCCAUAAUCCUCUGGAACCCAGCUUUGACUUCUUGUGUCCAAUGAAGCAUUGUAUUUGUGUGAUCUAUGACCCUUAGAAGCACUCAGUCCAAACGUGAUGUGUCCGUCUUAUGUAGUACACUCCAGCUUUCUGUCUUGUAGGUGUCCGAUAGCUACAAUAUGUUCUUGUUGUUGUGUCCAUCCUGCUCUUGUUUUGUGUGUCCCUCCCUCAUAAACAUCACAUCAUCGACAACUCAAAGGGACCAAGAAGUGACCAAGGACUCUCAUUGAGCGUUUGGUGCUGGAGAGACUUAAACCCGAGGAAAGACGAUAAGAGUAUUGAACUCUUCAUCUCUGGUUGCAAAUGAAACUUCAAAGUAUGCACUGUGACAGAGACUAUAACUGAGUACAGGGCACUUCUCCUUAUGAGCUAUUUAAAAAAAUCCCGACACCAAGAAAUUAUGAUGUUAUUGUCUGAAUGUGUUAGUGCUAUUAUUAUUUAUGGUGACCUGUUAUUUUUAUGUAUGGUGCAGUCCAAAGAAAAGUUUGCUAUACAAAUACUGUGGUAGUAAGUAAAUCUAAUUUAAGAAUGCAUCAAUAUAUCUAUUUAAAUAGCAAAAAAUAUGGAAUAUUUAAUCUUGACAAAUACAGCAGAUAUAUAAGUACCAGAACGCCUUAUAGAUCCAUUUAAAGCCAGUUAAAACUGGUGUGACUCAUCUAUUAUUUGUAAAACCACAGCACUGAAUCAUGGCAGCUUUAUAUUGGCAUUGACUAUGAGGGCUCUUUCCUUUCAAUAGAAGCUUUGUGAAACUAAGAAAAUUGCCAAAACAUUCCACAAUAUGGUGCCAAAUGUUAUGUUAUGUGCCAUAGGUGUGCAAGCUUGCUAAGUGGUAUUAUACAUAACUUAGUGUCUUUUGUCAUCAUGUAGUUAUCAAAGUGUUGACCAAACUGUAUUUAAAGACAACAAGUUCAAUAACAACACCAACAAAAAAAAAAAAAUCGCCCAAGCUUAUUCCGAUGUUCUGUCAUGAAUAGCUGAUUAUAUUUUAGUAUGAUGCUUUAUGUGCAGUUUAAACAAAAGCCUUGAGAAUGUCUGACAUUGUCUGGAGCCAUUGUGAAAUGUGUAAUAAUAAACAGCAAACUAAUCAGGCCGUUCCAAUUA